GAAGUGGUCAGCAGUCGGCCGGCGCGAGCCGAAGAUGCAGCUGCAGAGGUUGCUGCUCCCGAGUGCGCGCCGCGCGGUCUUCGGGCCCGCGGAGGCUGCGCUGUGGGGUUUGAACUCAGUAAAAGAAAACUGUCACAAUUUUUGUACUGCUGUUCUUAAAGCUGUUACUUAUAAGGAACUGAAAAACCUCUUGAAUUCCAAAAAAAUUAUGUUAAUUGAUGUUAGAGAGACAUGGGAAGUUCGUGAGCAUGGAAAAAUCCCCAGAUCUGUCAAUAUACCAUUGGGUGAGGUAGGUGAAGCUCUACAGAUGAACCCAGAAGACUUCAAAGAGAAGUACGACGAAGUAAAGCCAUCCAAAUCUGACAGUCUAGUGUUUUCUUGUUCAGCUGGAGUGAGAAGCAAGAAGGCUCUCAGCAAAGCACUGUCUCUGGGCUUUAACAGUGCUCAACACUAUGCUGGAGGAUGGAAGGAAUGGGCAAGCUACGAACAUCCAGAGAAGAAACCAGGAAACUGAAUUUUGGAAUACGAGCUGGCUCUUUCCUUGUGUAUAUGCAGCCUAGCACAGCGGAAUGAGCGAAAGAAUAAAAAUCUAGCUCUGGCACCA